UCAAAGAAGAGCACACUCACCUCAAACUCCUGCUCACCACCAUCUUCAAAUUCAGCCUCCUACAAUUCCAUUCUGCCCCACCUAAUUGUUCAUUCUGGCCCCUCUCGAGACAGCAGAACACCGUACGAUGAUAGACAAAUAGCGUUUCAGCAGCCAGUAGCCAUGUCGAUUCAUGCAUCGCUCAGACCGGCUAGAAUUUGGGUUGCCCAGGCACUGGAUAAGAGGAGGUCUUCUAAACUCUUGUGCUUGCCGAACAGCAGCGCCUCAGAAGUGGGAGACCAGCAGAGAGAAAACUUGGAGACGGAGACGGAGACGAAGGCGGCUUCAUGUUGGGUCAAUUGUAGGCCGAAAAUUACGCCUCAAGUGUAUCGGCUGCGAAAGAGUCAGAGUAGUGAACAACUUGGCUGUAAACACAAUAAUGCAGGUAAAGCAUCUUGA